AUGGACGUGGAUCUACAUGCCGUUCUUGAUAGAGCUGGUCAGGCGGAUAGAUUAGGACGUAAGAUUGCUUAUGCUCUUCAACUCGUAGACCGUGUCCUUACUGAUUUAGGGGAACAUGCCGUGGCUAUAUCUUUCAAUGGUGGUAAAGAUUGCACAGCUCUAUUACAUCUUUACGCCGCUUUGUUAUUAGCUCGACAUACCAACAUUCCUCUUCCCACACCCCAAGAUCUCACAACUGAAGACCCUGAUCCACUUGAUCGACGAACACCUUCACCAUGUCCUGAAGUACCUAUCGAUGGACCUCCCACUACACCACCUCCAAUCUCUUUCAACCCCAGAUACGGCAUGGAUCUGUAUCGUUUUGGAGGUGGGAUGAAAGGCGCUCUAUGUUCGUAUUUGGAUUGUCAAGGUGGGAAAGGCGUCAAGGGCGUUUUGAUGGGUACCAGGAAAGGUGAUCCUAAUGGAGCACCUACCGAUCCUUCCUGGCCGAGCAUACUCCGUAUUCAUCCCCUCUUACAUUGGUCCUACGCCGACAUAUGGGAUUUCUUACUCGAGCUAAAGGUACCUUAUUGUGAACUGUACGAUCAAGGCUACACAUCUUUAGGAUCCAAACAUAACACUUUGCCUAAUCCGUUGUUGGAAGUUGAUAGAGGUUGGGAACCAGCUUGGAAACGUGGGUAUAACAUUCCUAUUUCUCCUUCACCCUUCCCCCUUCCACAAAUUCUAUAUCUCGUCUUACUCUUUUCCAAAUGUACCCAUCGAGGAGCAAAUUCACGUUCAAAACCGAUGAACUAA